GGUGACUAGGAACUCGUCUCAUGUGACAUUCGUUUCAUUCGCGUAAUUAAGAUUGUCUCAUGCUAACAAUUAUGUAGAACCAUGUAUAGGUGAUUUCGAUUUCAAUGUCAUCUACGAAGCCAUAUAUUUUUAAUGAGGACACAUCUCCUUUUAUUUGGGAAGUAUCCGAGUUCUUCAGGCUAGAUAAAUUCCUGAUUCCCAAAAACAUCGGUACUUAUGAUGGUACUACAGAUCCAGAUGAUCAUAUAUUUGUAUUUGCACAAACAAUGGGAUUCUACUGUCUCUCAGAACAUAAUUGGUGCAGAUUGUUUGUCACCACGCUAAGGGGAGAAGCACGGAUGUGGUUCAUAGGCCUGCCACCGCGAAGCAUAUCCAGCUUUGAACAGCUUGUGGAAAGCUUCCGAACAAAAUUCCUUCACAACGUAAAGUUCCAAAAGCCUACGAAUGAGACUGUGAAUAUGACACAACAGAUCAGUCAUAACUCAGUUGAUGAGUUUGUGGAACGCUCCAUUGAAUUCCAAAAGACCGUGCCUACGGACAAACAAGAUCUUUCUAUGCGACAACUGCUCAGCCUUUUCAUCAAUUGGAUUGAACCUGAUCGAGUUGUAAAGGAUUUUUCAACCAAGAAUGACCCUGCCAUGGAGGACCUUCUGAAUGGUGCUAGGUCAUUUACAAUAUUAGAUGCUGUUCAUAUAAAGUUGCCUGAAACCGAAACCUUUAUUGAAGCUUUGCCUCGUUCUGCAUAUAGUUACGCAUGUAUUCUUGAGUUUCACGGUGCAUUAAAAGGAAAUCCUGGAAGAGCGGGUGCCGGGGUUGUGCUGCGUGCAAUAGAUGGAUGUCUGGUUUAUCGUGUUCGUGGAGGUCUGGGCAAUGCAACUCCCCAGGUUGCUGAAUAUCAGGCUGUAAUUUUAGGGUUGCGGUAUGCUCUUAAAAAAGGAUUUAGACAUAUUUGUGUCCACGGUGACUCUAAAAUUGUUUAUAUGCAGGUUAACAGUUUAUGGAAAGCCAAAUCUCAGAACAUGGUCGAUAUGUGCAAAGUGGUGAAGGAACUUAAGGAGAAGUUUCUGUCUUUUCAGAUUUGUCAUAUUGAUAGGGAGAAAAACUUUGAAGCCGACACCCAAGCCAACCUAGGUUUACUUCUCAAAGAAGGCGAGGUAGAAGAGGAAGUCGAAAAGAUAUAGUUCAAGUUUCAACCCCUUGCGACCUUGGUACGUUCUUCAUGAUUUAUACCAUGACUUGAUCCAACACUCCACUCCUGCAUGUUCCCGUGCGCACGAAGUCAUCUUUCAUUUUUAAUUUUUUUUCUUUGUGUAGUCCAAGAUAAAUAGUCUAACUACCAUGUUUAUAUUUUCUGAAGUAGUGGGUAGUUUUAGCAUGUUCCUCUCUUGCAAGUAAUUGUUGCAUUAAGAGUUUGAUAUGAAUGAAAAAAUUAAAGUGUUUCAAAA